CUAUUCAGUGAAGGCUGCUCGCACGGAAUUUCAGCUCCGAUUGAGCCUAAGAGCUGAAGGCUCGAGCAGGUCAAGAUGGCGGAUCGGAAAUUUUCCAGCAUCCAGGAGGAGAUGGAAUACUAUAAAAGUCGGUAUCUAGAAACGCAGCAAGAGUUCGACGAGUUCCAGCAUGAUUCUCGGGAGCUCGAGCAAGAGAUGGAAACUCAAUUGACACAACUCGAGAAGGAAAAUGUAGAACUUAAGAGAAAUCUCCAGAAAGCUCAGACGGAACGGGAUGUCUACGCGGAGAAGCUGGCCUUCGGAACGAAUGAGCUCAAAGAUCAGCUGGAGACUUUAGAGAAAGAACUUUUAGAAGAACGGGAUCUGAAUGAGAGGCUGAGUCACCAAAUUCGGGAGCUCGAGCAGAAUAACGACGACCUCGAGAGAGCGAAAAGGGCGCUGGCCGCCUCGCUCGAAGAGUUUGAGAAAAAUGUGAAUCAAGCUUUGGAACGUAACGCGUUCCUAGAAAAUGAGUUGGACGAGAAGGAGGAGCUUUCGUGCAUGGUGCAACGACUCAAAGAAGAAACGAGUGACCUUAAAAGAGAGUUGGCUGUCAGAACCCGUCAGGAGAGACCAUCUUCGAUAACCAACGCUGUCAACGGAAGCCUAUCAACAGGACUGCAGCGGAAAAAGUGAGUGCAGGACGUCCCACCACUAUCUUUCGUGAUAUCCACAAGAGGAGUCCCCUGCUCUGAGAAGCGUUUCCCCUCGAAUCUCCUGGGCUAGAAGCAUAGAGAACAAAAAUUGCCACUAGAGUAGAAUCAGCACUGAAUUUCGUCCUAAAAAGAAUUGUCGUAGUUUCUCGAUCGGCGAGAAUGCGAGAAUCCUGUUUUGCGGCAGGGAUGGAAGAGAAGAAGAGUUUCCAGUCAGCACCGCACGAGACCGAUCCGCAUGGUCGCGGAUUUACUCGAUGAUUUUCUCGGUUAUCGUUCCAAAGAUUUUUUUACUUUUGUUUUUUUCCCGGUCAUUGGCUGGCAUUGAUUUUUUAAUUAUGUUCAUUUAGCAGCAA